AUGUGGUCACUUCAGGGCCACUCAGGGGAUGGGGCCAGCCUGUCACUGUGCUGGAGUCUGGGUGGUGAAGAGGCCCUCGGCCUGAGGAAACAUGUUUGCUCCAUCCUGGCUUCUCUUCUGAGGAACUUGAGGGGGCAACAGAGGACCCGCCUGCUCAACAAGUUUACGGAGAACGACAGUGAGAAGGUCGAUAGACUGAUGGAACUGUAUUUCAAGUACCUGGAUGCAAUGCAGGUCGCCGAUAAGAAGAUUGAAGGCGAAAAGCAUGACAUGGUGCGCCGUGGAGAGAUCAUCGAUGACGACCUGGAAGAUGAGUUCUACCUCCGUCGCCUGGACGCCGGCCUCUUCGUCCUCCAGCUCAUCUGCUACAUUAUGGCAGAGAUCUGCAGCAGUAACAUCGCCCAGAUCCGCCAGAGAGUCCAUCAGAUCCUGAACAUGCGGGGAAGCUCCAUCAAAAUUGUUCGUCACAUCAUCAAAGAGUAUGCAGAGAACAUUGGCGACGGGAAGGACCCAGAAUUCCGGGAGAGCGAGCAGAAGCGGGUUGCAGAACUGCUGGAGAAUUUCUGAGGAGCCCAAAGAGGACGGUCGCCUGGGCCUGGGGACGUCUCCGGGAACUCCGCCCUCUUUGACCUGUGAAGGGACUCGCUGAAGAAUCCGAGCCCCUCGGGGCUUUUCAAGAUAUUAAAGUUGUUGGUUUUUUUUAAAAAAAAAGAAA